AUAACCUUAUUUCGUGGGAACCAGAACAUAAAAAAAAGAAUACACCUCUGAAGUUACUGUAGUGAUUUUUAGAUUAACUUUAUCUUCAUCAAAUGACUAUUCAGGUCGAGUCGUCCAGUGUUACUGCGAAGACCACUGUCCAUUCGGGGACACCAAAGGCAUUUGCGAAAUAACCAGUCCCGGAGGAAAAUGUUACGCUUCUGUCGUCGUCGAGGUGGAUGAAUAUGGAGACGAAUAUCCUAAGAUGUCGUUCGGAUGUCAACCGGACGCUCAGAUGGCGGUACUGCAGUGCAAAGGAUCCCUGAUACCGCACCUGGACAGCAAGAACAUCGAGUGCUGCAACAACGCCGACUUCUGCAACAAAGACCUCUACCCGAUGUACACCAUCGAGUCCAGCCCAAGCCUGCACCAGACGCUGCCAUACAUAUCCCUCGCAGCCUCUUUCGGCGUCUCUCUCCUCAUUCUUUCCAUAGCCAGCGCGAUCUUGCUGGCGAAAUACCGCAAAGCGGUGGCGAAAAACCGGCAGGUGGAAGCAGAAGAGGCCACGGCGGGUGAUGGCAACGUUGAGGAGGAGAAGGGUGCUGUGGAACCUUGCGCAGAGUUGAAGUUGCCGGCUAAUCUUGCGCAGCUGAUCGAGCAGUCGAGCGGAUCGGGUUCGGGGCUGCCUCUGAUGGUGCAGAGGACGAUCGCUAAACAAGUUGAGAUGGAAAGGGUAAUUGGAAAAGGCAGAUAUGGUGAAGUGUGGCUAGCAAAAUGGCGAGGAGAGAAAGUAGCGGCUAAAAUAUUCUUCACGAUCGAAGAGAAAUCUUGGAUCAGAGAAACUGGAGUUUAUCAGUCUGUCCUCAUGAGACACGAUAAUUUGCUGGGAUUCAUAGCGGCUGACAUUAAAGGGACUGGUAGUUGGACACAAAUGUUGUUGAUUACUGAUUACCAUGAACAUGGAUCUUUAUUUGAUUACCUCAAAACACACACACUGAAUCCCGAUUCCUUAUUACUAAUGGCCUGGAGCAUAUCAAGAGGACUGACACAUCUACAUACAGAAAUAUAUGGGGUCCAUGGUAAACCCUCUAUUGCCCACAGAGACAUAAAGAGUAAAAAUAUUCUGGUGAAACUGAAUGGCGAAUGCUGCAUUGCCGAUUUCGGUUUGGCAGUGAAAUUCGAAGCGAAUAGAAACAAAAUAGAUUUACCUGGAACAGAGAAGAGUGGCACUAAAAGAUACAUGGCACCUGAAAUUCUUGAUGGUACAAUGGAUAUCCAAAAUUUUGACUCCCAUAAAAUGACAGACAUCUAUGCGUUUGCUUUAGUGUUAUGGGAAAUGAGUAGCAGAUGUUGUUUUGGAUGUUAUGAAGCUAUACCUUACCAGAUCCCAUUCCAAGACGCUGUUCCAAGUGAUCCCAGUUUUGAAGAGAUGCGUCAAGUGGUGUGCAUCGAGAAAGUGAGGCCCAAUAUUCCGCCAGUCUGGAAAACUCAUGAAAUCAUGAACAUUAUGAUGAAAACAAUGCAGGAAAUGUGGCAUGAAAAUCCAGGAGUUAGGUUAACUGCUCUAAGAAUCAAGAAAACGCUCAGUAGACUGAAACCUUCUGAAGACAGUGUUCUCAAUAUAAUGUCAGACUAGUCUGAAUGUAGACUAUAAGUAGUUAUAGUAGGUACAGGAUUAUGAAAUCGAAGAGGCAUAUCCCUAUCACGUAAUUUUUCCACGACAAAAACAAAACGGAAGUGGAAAGUCGCAAUAACGCUUCUCCACAUCCCCUAUUAGAAGAUAUAGGUACAGGUUGAUCCCUGAAGGUAAAAUUUUGAAAUUUGGAAAAAUGGAUUCGUAGUUUGCCACGCUUUAAUGAAUCACUUUGUCAAACUUUUUAUGAGGGUCGAAAAAGGCGGCAUUUAACUUUUUUCUGAAAAAUAACGUAAAUAUAGGACCUCGUUCUCUGGACAGCCCUGUACAAAAAUGUAAUUAGAUAAGAUAGUAUAUUAUGGGUCCAAAAACAAAGAAGAUGAAAAAUAUCGUAAAUAUAUAUAGAUCCUUUAUGGAUAACAAUGUACAAAAAUAAAAUUAUUAGAUAGUAGAUAUAGUUGAUACAUAUGGAUCCAAAUGAGUAAAGAUGGUGAAUUAAAUUCAUUAAGA